ACUUCUCCUUAUAAUAUUCUUCUCAAAGUGUUUAUCUUUUUGAUUUCUUUGAAGCAAAGAUUCAACCUUUCUACAACUUAUGUUAUGUUAUAGCUUCAUGGAUGAUGCUCUUGGAAAGUUAAAGGUUAUCCCGGAUCACUUUAAAGCUUCAACAACAAGUGUGGAUUCUCAUCAAAACAGAACUUCAUCUGUUUCACAACAAUCUGAUAAUUCUUGGAGGUCUCAUAGCUGGACUCGAAAAAAAUUAAGGAGUGCUGCAUUCAUGUUGAAUUUGUUUACUUUCAAAGGGAUGGCAUGGGGUUCAAGCACCAAUGGUCAGGAAAAGGUUGAGCUAUCUGCAGCAGAAGUAGAGUCACUUAGAUCAGAACUUGCUGAUGUAGAAGAGAGGGAAGCUCACUUGAAAGCUCAGUUGGAACAUGUUGAUGAAAUCUUGCGGUCUGCUCGUCUGUCUGGUUAUUUGUACAUUCGAACCAGGUGGACGGCACUACCAGGAGAACCUCCCCCUUUAGAUGAUACUGAUGUUGAUGACUGGCUUCCUCGCUUUACCGUCCUUCAUGGACUGUGUAUAUUCUUCUAUUUUUUGUCCACAGAUCUGAGCCCUCAAGACUCCACCCUCCUAUCUGACAUUGUUGAAAUAGGUCCUCUACCAAGCAUUACACGAGACGAUGAGGAGACGCGAUAUGCCUUUUAUGUCCUAACUCGUCAAGGACUGAGAUAUGAGUGCUCAAGUAUUUCUAAGAUUCAGGUGGACUCUUGGUUGUCAGCAUUACGAACGGACUGCAAAUUGGGUCUGAUUCUCCGAUCUGUUUCCAGAGCCACCAGGUCGCUCCUCUCCGCCUCUAAGGGCUCCCGUUUCUACUCCGAGGGGCGAGCCGUAGCAGCUGUGGCGGCAGUGUCGUUGAGAGGAACGGUGCCGUUUCUAGCUUCGAAUUUUGGCAAGGCCGGUUCUGAGAAUGCGACUAGAGGAUGGAUUUCAGGAGCCCUUGCUGUUUCUGCAGCAGCUUACAUGCUCCAGGAGCAGGAGGCACAUGCUGCAGAGAUGGAGCGCACUUUCAUUGCGAUUAAGCCUGAUGGAGUGCAAAGAGGGCUGAUUGCAGAAAUUGUAUCUCGUUUUGAGCGGAAAGGCUUUAAGCUCGUGGCAAUUAAAAUAGUAGUUCCUUCAAAGGGAUUUGCGGAGAAGCAUUAUCACGAUCUGAAGGAAAGACCUUUCUUCAAUGGCCUGUGCGACUUCCUUAGCUCUGGCCCUGUUAUUGCAAUGGUCUGGGAAGGCGAGGGAGUGAUCAAGUAUGGUCGAAAGCUGAUUGGAGCUACAGAUCCACAGAAAUCUGAACCUGGAACCAUCAGAGGUGAUCUUGCUGUUGUAGUUGGAAGAAACAUCAUCCAUGGGAGUGACGGUCCAGAGACUGCCAAGGAUGAAAUCAAUUUGUGGUUCAAACCUGAUGAGUUGGUUACUUACACAAGCAACGCAGAGAAGUGGGUCUAUGGAGACAACUGAUCAUGAAUUUUUUGCCUUUUUCUUUUCUUCUAUUGAGUUAGGUUCCCCCAAGAAUAGUGGGAUUCGAAGCAUAAUUGAUAAAGUCAUAAAACAAUAAUGUUUUUUUUCUUGAGGUGAGUGAUAGCACCGAUUUGCUUCAGACAAUUGGCAGAUCUAAAUUUUAGCAAUAAUUAGUUCCACCUCCUUUGAUUGAACUCCAAUGAUCAAAUAAAGUAGUUUUUCUUAUGUGUU